UGUUUAAGUGGAAAGGUCUAAUUAAGUUCAAGAACCGUUCAGUGCAGGGUCUGUAUAACACGAGAUUCGUUACCAAGGGCGGACCAGCCAGCGCAUUGGGGGGGUCGAUGGCUGCUGCUUGCAGACGGUGCCUCGGCGGUCCGGGCUCGUUGCCUAGCGACGGGACACGGGUGACGUAACGUUCGUUUUUUGGACGCCCGGAGAUUUUGACGACGCUCCCUUGAACUGCGCAGCGUGGAGAGCCGACCUCCAACCGAUAAUCAAUGGAAUUUGCCAGCGCUUACUUCUACCUGCCAUUAGUAGCCAAUCAGCAGCCAGGAGCCGGUCACCAUGACAACACACAGCCAGUUCCACCAAUCCCUCUCCAGAAGCCCAACCCCGCUCCCAAAGUCUCCGCCCCCGAAGUGACAUACGAAGUCCCGGACGAUGAUGUCAUCGGAGACCCCGCCCCGCCCUCGAAUGACCUCCCGAAACCCUCCACCUUGACCCCGCGACCUUGCGAACCGACCGGACAGCAGCGAUCGCCAAGACCGACCAAGAGAGCUCUCUUGCCUCCGCCAAUCGCAUUGCGUCCCAGAAGCCCCUCCCUUCUCAAGCAGCCAAUAAGAGACCACGCUGCUCCGCCAGGCUCCUCCCCUAGCGACAGCACUUCUGAGCAGUGUUCCGAGGCACAGGAAGUGAUGUAUGACGUGCCGGAAGGGGGAGGGGAGAGAGGAAGUGACGUCGGUCCAGAAUACAUGAACCCAGAAGGAUACGCUGCGACCCCGCAACCUCCAGAACUGACCAAUAGCGAGCGAUCAAAACCUCCAAACCGUGCUGCCCCUCCUUUACCUCCAAGACCCUCCUUCAUGAAGAAGUCUUACAUCGAGAUUCUGCCCUCCACUGUACCCCUUGAAUCAUCACCCCCAAAUCCUCGCUGGCCCGAACCUUUACCCCAGCAUUCUUGUCUGCAGGAGUCUGGGAAUACGAAUAUAGUUUUGGUGAAUUUUGGAAAACUUGUUGAUAUCUCUAACAGCAUGCAAAUCUCAGAAAAUCCCACCUUCUGCCCGGCUUGCGGUUCUGUCACAAUAAAGCUUCAAAAUCAGGACAGCGUCUGCGUGUUUUGCUCCGAUUCAAAACGGGCGAAAAAUGAACCAAUCUGCUCUCGGGACAGCCUCUUCAGGUUGCCCUCUGACCCCGGGACACUCCCACAUCCUGUUGACCCCUGCAUUAUUUUGUGUAUUGACGUGUCGGGGUCAAUGUCGGUCACCACAGAGGUUGAAGACGAUGGGAAGACAGUUCAUAUUUCAAGAUUACAGGCAGUAAAAGACGCUGUGACGGAGUUUCUUGAAACUCUGGACUCAAAGUCUCCUCUUACCAGAGUGGGGCUGGUCACGUUCAACAGACAGGUGACGGUGUACACUGCUGGUUUAUCUUCACCAGUGGUUCUUACUGGUUAUGAACUGGUCGACUCUGACUUUCUUCUUUCUACUGGGAAGACCCUCCCCCUCCCUGAAAGUGUGGGGCAGAACAAGGGGAAACUCCAGAGCGUCCUCCACAGCUUAAGGGAAAGUGGGUCCACAGCCCUUGGCCCGGCCGCCCUCGUUUCCAUAGCGAUGGCCUCUCGAAAACCAGGGUCUAAGGUGAUCGUGUGCACAGACGGGAAGGCGAAUGCAGACCUAGGGAACCUGGAGGAGGUGGAGUCGGAGGAUGAGCUCGGAGCGGCUCGGAGGUUCUACAGCGAUCUCUCGGAGAGCGCCCUGCGGAGCGGGGUGAUCGUCUCCGUGGUGACGCUGGAAGGGACAGAGUGCAGCUUGUCGGAGCUCGGGAGACUAGCGGACAGCACAGGAGGGACGGUGAAUAUCGUUCACCCUUCCCAGCUGUACGGAGAGUUUCAGAACAUUCUGGAAGACAAAGUAACAGCAUCGAACGUGCAGGCUUCCUUCCUCGUACCCACGGACGUGUAUUUUAAACACGAAUCUCACGCCGGACGCAAACUGACCCAGCACUCGGAAACGUUUCACGACACGGAGAAAACCUUCGAGCUCGGAGUGAAAGAGAGCGGACUGCAGACUCUGCAGUCCAUGACAUCACUUCCUGUUCAGCUGCAGGUCAAAUUCACUCUCCCCACAGGAGAGACGAUGUUUCGGGUUGUAACUGAGGAAAAACCAACAACAACUGACUGGUCUCUCGUUCUCUCGUCCCUCUCUAUCCAAGUUCUGCAGAUCCAUUCUUCCCAGUUAAGCGCUCGUCUGGUGAUGGAGGGGAGGCUGGAGGAGUCGAGGAGAGAAGCUCUAAACCAGAAGGAAUUAAUCGAGAGCGUGCUGGGGAAGCAGAGGGAUUCUGUACAGGAUGAUAUUUAUGAAGACUGGAUCGAUGCCAUGACCCCGAUAUACGACUCCAUUUACCAGGGGAGCGAGGAAAAGCCAGGAGACUUGAAAGAGUCAAAGAUGAAGUCUUUCUCUGAUGAAUUCGCUUCUCUCCUGUUCCGCCUGAAGAACGUGCACAAGAGAGCCCUCAGGAAGAAGCGAGGGGGAGAAGCCAAACACCAGCCAAUCACAACGUGAGGGGCCCGGGGCAAAGCUCCUCCCAUCAAAGAGGAGAGAGGAGAGAGAGAGGGAGGGAGAGAGAGAGCCUGAGUUUGAACACAAGAAAACAGACGACUCCCUACCUGUGAUCUCUCUGUGUGUGUGUGACACACACCCCUUGACUCUGUGUCAGUUGUGGGGUUUCAAAAUCACAAUAAAAACAAGUUUGUUUGUAAAAAAAAA